UAUGUUAAGAAGGUUGGGGAUUCGAUAAUGAAACGUCAGAAUGUUUAUUUUGAGUUUCUCUUUUCUUCGAUAAUGCAAUUUGUAAUUUAAUUUAUAAAAUUAUAAAUUACAAAUACACGCAAAUGGAGAAAGAAUAUUAAUCAAAAAAAUUUUCAAGUUAUGUUUGUAAAAUGUAUCUUAAAAAUAAUAAUAUUCUAAGAAUUCUUCUAUUUCUCGUUAGCAUUUCGUUUGUCCUUGGAGAAGAGGAUUUUCCUCAAUUGGAUAAGGAAAAUGCAACAAAUGAAAAAUUUUUUUUUUUAAAAGUAAAAUCAAAUGUUACAUUAACGGAACCAAAGAAAAAUAUUACCAAAGCCAAUUGCAUAAAUGACCAAGUCUACGGACCCGUCGAGAUUGUAAAUGCAACGAGAUUGGUCGAAUUAUUAAUGUUGGAACCAGGUACAGCGAAUAGGACGAAAAAUAGUACGGAAAUAAGAUUAUUACCAGGACCUUGUGUCGUGGUUUUAUUCUAUGCACGUUGGUGUGUUUUUAGUAGUCAAGCUGCACCGCAUUUUAAUGCAUUGCCUCGAUUUUAUCCACACAUCAAGGCUAUUGCAAUUGACGCAAUGAAACAUCAAAGUUUUAACACCCAAUAUGGAAUCGUUGGCGUUCCAUCAUUGGUAAUUUUUCACAAUGGCAAACCAGUGGCAAAAUUCAAUUACACUGUCUAUUCAUUGGACACAUUCUCAAGAUUUAUAACUCAAUUGACAAAUCAACAGCCAAAUGGUUCAAUUUAUGUGACAUCGGCCGAUUUUAGUGGUCCUGUUUCCAGUACACCAUCAAAUGAGACUGAUUAUUGUCUCGUUUUAUCUUGGAUAUUUAUUGCAGCUUGUGCACUUUAUUUCACAUCGAAAAGUCAUUGGUGGAGGCAAUUUGUUGAACUUGUACAAAAUACAUGGCGGGAAAGUAAUGCACAACAUGAACAUGUUGAUUAAAGAUUUUUCUAAUUUUUUUCCCCCGCCUUUUUUUUCUAUAUCAUAAAAUGAUUAUUUAUUCGUAUAUAAGAUUUGUAUUUAUUUUAUUCUUUUCUAAAGGAUUUAACUAUCCAUUGAUGUAUAUAUAUAUAUAUUAGAAAAAGAAAUAUAUCGAUAUUUUGUA